AUGGUUUGUAUCUUAUGUCAAAAAACAUAUGAAAUUGCUGAAUUGUCAAAUAUUUGCAAGUACCUCUUAGGACCAGAGCUGAACGUUGGUAAUGCUUUGGAAUGUUUUUAUUUGGCAACAAAAACAGAGUGCGAAUAUAAGAAAGCUGCCUGCAUGAAUUUUAUAGCAAAUAAUGCUGAUGAAAUUCUUCUUCAUAAAAAAUUGGCUCAACUGGACGCUGGUGUUCUGAGUGAAAUUAUUAAUUUGCCUUCCUUAAAUAUGGAAGAAUUGAAUCUCCUCCAUGCUUUGUAUGAAUAUGCUUCCAUAAAUAUUAAAACAAGGCCAAAAUGUAACCACAGCGAAGAUAGUAAUUUAGUUACUAUUAAUCGAACUAUUCAAAAUAUAACUAUUAAAAAAAUAUGUUCAUCUGCAACUAAUCGUAGAAAUUUUGGAACCAUCAUAUAUGAACACAACAUAAAUUCUGAUGAAGAAAUAUUGCAUAUCAGAAAUUUUCUCUUGUCGCAUGGUUUGAUUAACAAAGUUCGUAUUCUAACUUCUGAUGCAAAUGAUCUACUAUUUGAUCCAAUUUUUUUAAAAGCAUUUGAUGCUAAUGAUAUCAUAUUUAUAUACGAUUACUUAUAUUCAGAAGAAGAGGCCAAACCAGACAUCAAGAGUUCGUUUAUUUGCUCAAUAACUGAACCAAGAAUGACACCUAUCAGAGCCAAAAGACCUCGCAGAGCUAAAUUAUUUGCUAAAAUAACAGCUUCUGUGAAAUUUCAAUCAGAAUUUCCGGGACGUAUCAAACCCAUAGAGAAGCUUGUAGAAAAAUUUGAGUAUCUAUGUGCCGUCCCUAUGUCAAUCGAAUAUAUAGUAUGGCGUACAAAAAUGCCCAAGUCUGAACUCGAUAGACUUUCAAUAAAUUUAAUAGUAGAUGACAUAGCAUUACCAAUACGUUCAAGGUCAAAUCUGACAAUAGAUACAUUUAUGAAAACUAACUUUGAUUCAAUCAAAGGAAAGAAUCAUGUUUUUCGUAAAGGAUCCAAAUUUGAAAUAAUGUUUGAAACAAAAUCUCCUUAUAAGAGGAUCGACUAUUGGUUACUCAAGAAAGACAACAACUAUAAAAUUUUGGACCAUGGUGAUAGAUAUUGGACUCGCAUAAAAGAGUUUGGGCUAACAUUUCAUAUUGGGAUUUGAUUAAAACAAUUU